UGGUGUUACCAGAACUAGACCCUCACCCUAUCUAACCACACACAAUAUUGACCUAACCGUAACCCUAACCCAAACAAACCAACACUAAUCACCCUUCGAAACCAACAAAACAAACACCAAUCUCCCCUCUCUCUAUACAUAUCCCUCCUUUCCCAUUUCUCCAAAUCCUUCAACACCCAACUUCAAACCAACACUCCAGAGCUCAGGUCUCCCACAAGUUGGUUCUUGAUUAGAUAAAGAUAAGAUGGCAUCUCAUGCUCUAGCUCAGAGUUUGGUUGAAAGCACUUAUCCUCAUGGCUUCAUCUAACUUCAAUUCACUUGUCAAACACCUAGCAUCUUUCUACUUCCUCAAAGUAUAGUGUUUGAUUUGAUUAAAUUAAGUGGUUCACAAGAUAUAUAUCUUGAGGAAGAUAUAGAGAUGGAUCAUUUAACAGCUCAUGGCCAUCAAUUGCCAUCCCCUUUCCACUCUAGAGGCCUUCCGCUCCACCACCAUCCUCUCCAAUUCCCGAAUUUUCAUCCACAACAAAAUAAUUCCGAAGAGGAGCAAAGUGAAAGCAGCCUCAAUCGUAGCCUGAAGCGAGAAAGAAUUGACAACAGCAACAACAACGAAAACAACGGUAAUCACAACACGAGUGCUGAUGACAAAGAAUUGGUUUCAUUCAACGGAUCCGAAAGUGAGGGGAGUCGAAAACCUCGGGGGAGACCCGCCGGGUCUAAAAACAAGCCGAAGCCGCCGAUUAUAAUCACGAGGGACAGCGCGAACGCGCUUAGAUCUCAUGUCAUGGAAGUUGCGAACGGCUGCGAUAUUCAAGAGAGUAUUUCGACUUUCGCAACAAGAAGACAAAGAGGCGUUUGUAUUUUGAGCGGAAGCGGAACCGUUACGAAUGUGACUCUAAAGCAACCGGCCGCACCAGGUGCGGUGAUUACCUUACAAGGCAGAUUCGAAAUUCUAUCUCUUUCGGGUUCGUUUUUGCCCCCUCCAGCACCGCCAGCUGCAUCGGGUUUGACUAUAUAUCUAGCUGGCGGUCAAGGACAAGUUGUUGGAGGGGGCGUGGUCGGACAGCUUAUAGCGUCCGGCCCUGUAGUUAUCAUGGCAGCCUCUUUCGGUAAUGCGGCCUAUGAGAGGCUGCCAUUAGAAGACGAAGAAUCUUCGGUUCCAGGGAACGGAUCUCUGGAAUCUCCUCCGCUCCCUGGAAUGAUCGGGCAACAACUGAUGACAGAUCCAAAUGCAUCUUUGUUUCACGGAACUCCUAAUCAAGUGCCAAGUGAUCCGGCAUACUGGGGUGGAGCUCGGCCUCCUUAUUGAAGAUUGAAGAAAAGAAAGAGCGAAAAAGAGUUAGAUGCUUUAAUUUUAUAUUGUCACUUCAGUUUACUUUGCUAUUUCCUCUUCUUUUUAAUUUCUUUAAUUAAGUAGUAGUUAAUUAUUAGUUUAAUAUUAUGUGGUUAUUAAUGGUGUGCUUUUGCUUGAAGAGGAUCGAGUGUACAAAACUUUUAACCUCUUUGUGGGCUUAUUUACCGUAAUAGUUUAUUCACUUCUUCA